AGGCGGGUGCAGUGAGGUAUAGACAGGUGAGCGGAUCUCGGGUGCUCAGGCCUCGCGACACCUCUGGGUCCUGCCUUGCCCUGCAGCCCACACGCACGGCCCUCCUCACGGCCCCUUCUUUUGCCCUCUGUAAGGCAAAAGGACCUUCUAGGUCCAGCUGGGGGGCAGAGAGCAGCAGCCAGGAAGGAUCUGACCCCUUUGGCCGGACAUGGCGACAGGUGGGUUGAAAGAUGAGCCACUAAACAUGAUCCUAUGGGGGGGGGGGGGGGGGGGGGACGACCAGCUCAGUUUCGGUCCCUAGCGUUUGCAAGCAUGACUGCGCGGCUUUAUAUAGCUCGGUACACCCUAUAUAAGCGGGAAGUGGGGUGUCCGUCAGGCGGCAGAGCCUGCACACCCCUCACCGUGCCGCAGGGUCCCCCCGGGGGGCGGCCCGCCUCAGGCCUCACGAUGCCCAGCAGAACGGUCCGCUAUUCGCGCUACAGCCCCCAGCAGCGGCGGCGGCGGCUGCUGGCGGAGCGCAGCGUGCGCUUUCCUAACGACGUCCUCUUCCUGGACCACAUCCGCCAGGGCGACUUGGCACAGGUGGGCCGGUUCAUCCGGGCUAGGAAAGUCUCCCUGGACACCAUCCACCCCUCGGGCCUGGCUGCUCUGCACGAGGCCGUGCUUUCUGGAAACCUGGAGUGCGUGAAGCUGCUGGUCAGAUACGGCGCCGACAUCCACCAGCGCGACGAGGCCGGCUGGACGCCCCUGCACAUCGCCUGCAGCGACGGGCACCCCGACAUCGCCAGGUACCUCAUCUCCCUGGGGGCGGACCGGGGCGCGGCCAACGACGACGGGGCCCUGCCCGGCGACCUCGUCGACCCGGACUUCAAGGACCUGGUGGAGCUCCUCCAAGGCGCCAGGAUGGGCUGAGGGGCCGCGGGAGGCCGCUCGCGGCUCCGGGCGCCCCCCGCCCCCCGCCCCCCGCCCCCGCUCCGCACGGACUGGCUGCCCCGCCCGCCGACUUUUUUACGCUGCACUUUGUACUUUUCCAUAAACACGGUUCCCAA